ACUGAAGCGUCUUUUCUCCCCACCCCAUUCUCCCCCUCAGUCUGUAACAUCUAAUGCGUGUUUUCAUUUGGCUGCUUUGUGUGCAAAAAAGGGAAGGAUGUUAAGCUGAGAGGCUAUAUACAGAUAUAGCAGAUGUAUACGUAGACAUGUGAGCUCAUGAUUAAUUGCGACAUCAGGCCUUUUCAGCCUACAGUUUCCUGUCUGCCAGUCAAGCCUUGCACGCGGCUGGCAGAGUGACACACUGUCAGUGCUGGAUGUAGAGAUGGGACACACUUCGCUCUGUGUGCUGGGGCUGCUCCGUGAGUACAGCAGUGAAUUUAUGUUGAGUAGUCAAUGCAGCAAUGACGUGACACUGUACUUAUAUAUGAUCUUACUAUGCUCACUUUUAUUUUCUCAGCUUUUUUUUUUGUGUUCAUCUUGGUUGAUAUGCGAUGAUGACGCUUAGAAUUUGCCUGACUACAAUUUCAAUUUGUGAAUCUUUGAAUUCAGUAAUAACAACUUGUGUUACGGCAGUUUCUGUCAGUUUGGUCAUGUCUGAUGAGGUUUCAAUCUUUAUUUUAGUGCUGAAUAAGCUCCUCAACUGUGGACGUGCUGAAGGUCUAGAUGCUGUACUGACCGUUAAACCAAACUGGCCCACUUUAUUCCAUCGUGAGUCAGUUACAUUCACAUGUGACUUGACAGAAGGAAAGGACACAGACUGGAAAUACACCUUCACCGGGAAUGGUUCACAACUCAGUGUCUGCGGUACAGAAAAGUCCUGCUCAUAUAAGCUAAUGAAAAACAGCAGCGGUGACUAUCAGUGCACUGGUCGUCACAAGAGCAGAAAUCUCACAGCGGAGAGUAAGAUUGUCUCUCUAAAUGUCGCAGUGAACAGCCGGCCUGUCCUCACUGUGUCUCCAUCAUGGCUGAGUGCUGGAGCCUCAGUAACUCUGAAAUGCAGUGCUGAAGAUCCAUCUGCAGGAUGGAGGUUCUACUGGUUUAAGGCGAUUCCUAAACUACCUAACAUCUCCUACAGCUAUGAGCUGCUACCUGGCAGCAGCAGUGGGACUGAACAGGAUUCCUACAUUGUUCAUGGACAGAAACACACAGCAGGAUAUGUGUGCAGAGCUGGACGAGGAGAUCCAGUGUUUUAUACUUACUACAGCAAACCGAAGUUUGUCUGGUCUGGAGAUAUUCAUCUGGCAUCACUCAGAGUGAGUCCUGACAGAGUGCAACACUUUCCCUCUGAGUCUGUCUCUCUGAGCUGUGAGGGAAACUCUACUGAGUGGAGAAUGAUGAGGUUUACCAAAGCAGAACGUCUGUCCAACUGUUCUGACUUUGGGACGGUGAACGGAUCCACAUGCAACGUCCAUAAUUUCACUAACAAUACAGCAGUGUACUGGUGCGAGUCUGGAUCAGGUCAAUUCAGCAAUGCAGUCAACAUCACUGUGCAAAAUACAAAUAUCAUCCUGCUGAGCCCUGUCCAUCCUGUGACUGAGGGUCAUCCCGUCACUCUUGGCUGCAAAUGGAGGAAAGAAAAUUUGGUCUCUAAUGUUCUCUUCUAUCGCAAUGGACAUCUCAUCCAAAAUGACACCAGAGGGCAGCUGAAUAUCUCUGAGGUGUCGAAGUCAGACGAAGGCUUCCACUGGUGUGAACACUCAGGAAAUGUGUCACCCCAGAGUUGGGUGGCCGUCAAAUUGUCCAGGCCUGAAACCUCUUCAGUUAUUCUGCCAGUGAUCAUCGGGCUGGUGUGUGGGAUGAGUAUUCUCCUGCUGCUGUGGUGUUGCUGCAGAAAGUCAAAGUAUUUGCUCUUUGCCAGGACAAUGCUGUCCCAGAAAGCCAAUCAGAACUCUGCGAACCAGGACGGAAGUCAAUCUAAAGUGCACCCAUCUCAUCAAAGCGGUGCCGAUGAAACCAGCGAUGGCAUAUACUCUUUGAUUCAAAUCAAAUACUUUGGAAGUGGGGAAAGAGUAUCUCCCGGACCAACAGUUGAAACUGUUUAUUCCGAAGUCAAACUCGUCAAGAACUAUCUUGUGCACAAAACAUGUGGCCAUACUCAGGAAGUAGAAAAAGAGGAAGAUCUUGGUUUUCCUGUUCAUACGAAGCAGAGUAAAAGAGCGCCAAUGUUGGAUGUGAGGAUGAGGCACACUUUAUUCUGUGUGCUGCCAUUAUUCUUGCUGAAUACACCCCUCUACUGUGAACACACUCAAGAUGCUGAGCUGACCUUAACGCCCAACUCGUCUUAUCUAUUUAAUGGAGAGAUUGUUACCUUCAUAUGUGACAUGAGGGAAGGACCUGACACUGACUGGCAGUACGAAUUCAACAGGAACGGGCAACAGAUUUUCUCCUUCAAUACAAACAACGUGCACUCACUUCAGCUGACGCCUGACUUGAGUGGUGAUUAUCAGUGCACUGGUCGUCACAAAAGCUCAACAGAGUUUACGAAACAAAGCAACAAUGUCACUCUAUCUGUAUCAGACCACAGACCCAGGCCAGCUCUGAGAGCUGAUAGGACAGGUAUACCAGUAGGGGGCGCUGUGACACUGACCUGUUCCGUGGAAGGCUCUACUGGCUGGAAAUACCAAUGGUUCAGACGUACCUCAGCCUCUGAUGAAGAAAUGGUCAUAGCGGAUGGGAGCGGAAUGGAAAACCUCAGUAUCGCACAAGCAGGCAUCUACUGGUGCCGGGGAAGACGAGGAAACCCAGUUUUCCUCACAGAGCAAAGUGAUGUGUUUCGCAUUGAGAUAACUUUGCCCUACAGGACCUUUGUGACGCUGCAACACAACUGGACUAAGAUAUUCAGCGGUGAGGCUUUUGCUGUCAUAUGUCAGAUCGAGGGAGGAGGAGACACUGAGUGGGAGUAUGAGUGGAGAACAACCAGCUCAAACACACCUCCAGCACACAGUGAAUACAGGAUUAGCCACGCUUCUGUUUCCCACAGCGGACAGUACUGGUGUAAGGGUAGGAACGACCUGUACUCCUCUACAGAGUGGAGUGUUGCCCUCCCACUGACAGUAUCACCUAAUAAACCCAGGCCGACGGUUACAUCCAACCGGCAAACCAUACCAGUUGAUGGCGAUGAAACACUGAUCUGCUCUGUUGAGGACCCCGCCGAGUGGAAAUACUACUGGUUCAGACGUGCCUCAGUUUUUUCAGAAAGUCAGCUGAUUAGGGAUGGUGAACCAAACAGAGCUAUCAGUGUCUCACAAGGAGGGAUCUACAGCUGCAAAGGUGGGAGAGGAAACCCAGUUUUCUUCACAGAGGACAGUGAUGCAGUCACCAUUGAGAAAAGACUUUCCGACAAGGCUGUUGUGUCACUGCAACCCAACUGGCCUCUUAUAUUUGGUGGUGAGAUGAUCACUGUCAGGUGUGACAUACACCAACAGACAUACUCUGAGUUGGAGUAUUUCAGAAUCGAUUACAUAGACUUUAUAGAGUAUGAUAACACUGAGUGGGAGUAUGAAUGGAGCAGUCCCAACUCAGACACAGUCCCAACAAGUGGUGAAUACAGGAUUAGAAGUGCCACCGUGUCCAACAGUGGAAACUACCGGUGCAUGGGAAAGCUGACACAGGACUUGUAUUCCUCAACUGAGUGGAGUGAUGUCAUCACAUUGACAGUUUCAUCAAACAGGCCAAAGGCUCACCUAAGUGCUGACAACAGAGCCUUUUCAGUAGGUGACAGUGUGACCCUGACCUGCUCUGUGAAGCCAUCAACACCUGGUUGGAAAUACUUCUGGUACAGAGGAGAGAAAACAUCUGAACCUCUGAGCUCUCAACUCUCAGCUGGACCAAUCAGAGUCUCAGAGGGAGGAGUCUACUGGUGCAGAGGAGGAAGAGGAGAUCCAGUUUACUACACAGAGUACAGUGAUUCAGUCACUAUCCACAAAAUUGUUACAAACAAGGCUGUUAUGACUAAGCAACCCAACUGGUCUGAGAUAUACUCAGGAGAGUCCAUCACUCUGCGAUGUGAGAUCCAGGGAGGAGACACUGAGUGGGAGUAUGAAUGGACAACAACCAGCUCACGCCAACCUCAAAACGUAAAUGAAUACCGGAUUACUUCUGCUUCUCUAUCAGCCAGUGAAGACUACUGGUGUAAAGGCAGAAUGAGAGGAGCCCAGCAGAAUUCAACAGGGUGGAGCAAUUCCUUAACAUUAACAGUAUCUGAUACACCGAAGCCUGUCCUCACUGUGUCUCCAUCAUGGCUGAGUGCUGGAGCCUCAGUAACUCUGAACUGCAGAGUUGAAGAUCAAUCUGCAGGAUGGAGGUUCUACUGGUAUAAGACUGUUCCUGAUCCAUCACACAACUUCUACAGCUAUGAGCUGCUACCUGGCAGCAGCAGUGGGACUGAACAGGAUUCCUACAUUGUUGAUGGACAGACACACACAGCAGGAUAUGUGUGCAGAGCUGGAAGAGGAGAUCCAGUGUUUUACACUGAUUACAGUCAACCUCAGUUUGUCUGGUCUGCAGAUUUUCAGUCAUCAGCGUCUCUCACAGUGAGUCCUGACAGAGCUCAACACUUAAUCUCUGACUCUGUCUCACUGAGCUGUGAGGGAAACUCUACUGAGUGGAGAGUGAUGAGGUUAGUUGAGGGCCACUUUGCAUCAGACUGCACUACCUGGGGGACAAUGACUGGAUCUACAUGCAAUAUGGACGGAUGGCACGAUGAUGCAGUGUACUGGUGUGAGACUGGAUCAGGAGAGUUCAGCAACGCCGUCAACAUCACAACAGGAUUUCAUAUUAUCCUGGUGAGCCCUGUCCAUCCUGUUACUGAGGGAGACUCUGUAAAUCUUGUCUGCACCUUGGGAACAGAAGAAUUACUCUCCAAUGUCACUUUCUAUAAAAAUAACGAACUCGUCAGAAAUGACUACAGCGAGGAGCUGAACAUCUCUGAAGUCUCAGAGUCAGACGAGGGCUUCUACAGAUGUGAAUAUUCAGGUGUUAUGUCACCAGAGAGUUGGAUGUCAGUAAAAUCUUUCAACUCUCCAUUUCCUGUGCCAUUGAUCACUGGGCUGGUUGUUGGCAUCUUACUGAUUGUUCCCCUGCCACUGUUACUACUGUGUUGGUACAGAAAGUCCAAAGGUACAUGUUGUCACAGGCUCAUCAUGUGUCAAGGAACCAAUCAGAGCUCUGCUACAGUUCAUACCGUCAACCAAGAUGAAAAUCAACAGCAAGUAUACUCCUCUCUUCUUCAUGGUGAUUUUUGCGUCUACGAAAUAAUCAGUGGCUCAGGAAACACUGGAAGUGGUGAACGGUCAGAUGAAUGCAGACGUCACACAUCUCAGAUUCAGCUCAAAGGUCUUGGAAAGAGGGGAAUGCAUGAUGAUUCAGCAGAGAGCUCUGACUACAGUAAUGUAAAUCCAGAUUCAGGUUCAUAAAGAAAAGUGCAUCAUGAGCAAAAUAAGAGAUGUGUGGACAACAACAUGUUAACAUUCAUGUUUGAACAGUGUGUAUCUGACUUAUUCAGCUCGUGCCAUCCAACAUCAGAUGAACAAUACUGUGAGCAAUUCGACAGCAUAUUGUAUGAAAGAUAUUCAGCUGUUGUGUUGGAUUUCAGUUUCUGCUGAUUUCUGCUGAAUUUCCUUUUGUCUUUAUACUUGUUUUGUAUAUACAUUUUUUUUAUUUUGUAGCAACUAUGUCAUAUUUUUAUGGCUUGUAAUUAUGUGAGUGUAUUUUCACAUCAGUAAUGGAAUUUUGUAGGGUGGUUUGUCAUCUCCACUCUUGUUUAACUUGUAUAGAUGAAUGUGCGCCAACACUUCAGAUUUGUCCCACUGUUUUCCUGAUUGCAACAUGCCAAAUAAAUUAGGUUAUUCAGUUCAGAUUAGUUGAGGAAUGUCUUGAAAAUAUCAACUACUAAACUGAUAUGUUGUCAUGAAUAUACAUUUGUUUGCAGUAAUAAAGGGUUUUGAUGUAAAAUCUUU